AGGCCAGUGAUGGAAGUUCGAGUCGGCGUGACGUUCGGACCGAGUAAAAUCCUGCUCAAACAUGUGGACUGUCCGGAAAACAAGGAAGGGCCGAGAGUAAACGUCAAAAUAUGUUUCAGUAGCAGGCAGAUAACAACACAAGUAAAAGGUAGUCCAAGCCUUCACAUCAAAUACGAGCUAAAGUUGGAUGAACAUCGUAAGAUCGAACGAGCUGAACUCACCAGUCAGAUUCACGGCAACUUUAAACUCACAAAUUCUCAUUGUCUGACACCGACCAUUCAAGUGAAGAGCUGUAUCCAGGAUUUCCUGAACCCCAUCGAAUUGAAGGUGGACUACACUGGGGAGGGUCUGGCACCACCCAACGAGCCAGCGCCCAUUCUCCAGUCCGGAAACACGGGCACUUUCCAGGGCAACCUCCCGUUCGAAAAGGAAUGUGGAGAAGACAACAUUUGCAAAGACCAUCUCAAGGUGAAACUGGAGAUCAUAGGGGCCCAGUUUAUCGUAGUUGCCGGUUAUUCCACGUUCACUCUGGCGGUGACUCUGGAAAACACCAACGAGAAUUCUUAUUUCACCGUGCUGACCUAUCGUGUCCCCACCGGUCUCACGUUCAGGAAAACCUCCAUUAUUUCCGCCAAGCGCAGGUCACACGUGGAAUGCGAUGACUCCAACAACGGCAAGUACGCUGCAGUAGGCGUCAUCGCCUGCAAGGUUAACCAUCCCAUCUUUCGAAGUAACGCCACGGUUCGAUUCAACACAACCUUCGAUGUGGCGUCGGAUGUGGAGUGGAGAUCAACGGAGCAGAUCAGCAUCAACGCCACCAGGUAGGACCAGC